AUGAGUGACGGUGAAGAUGGUCGCAGCGGAAGUCUUUCACAACCCGCAGAAAUUCUGGGAAGGAUCUUCGAAACUGUGAGUCAGUUGCGGCGUCGACAGAACGCGUGGAAUGAGGAGUUGCGACGCUUCUUUCUAACUGAGGGGCAGCAGAAACUUGAAUGUGAUCGCCUGACGGAGCGGGUAAAUUCCGCAGCGGCAGCAUCACAGAAAGGUAGCACCUUUAACGAGUGGAUGUCAUGCCGCACGGAACUCGGAGUUGGUGAAGAUGUGAUCAAAGAGUGGUAUCACAUCGACAGCCUCGUGGAAAAAACACCGUUUGUGGCAAUUGUACCUUGCCCACGUGGACUCUCAUCAGAUGGAGAGGCGGAGGUGGUGAGGGUGGUUGAUGCGCUUGAGCUCCCACGUUUCUUUGUUCAAACCGUGCCGCUGCAUCUUCCCCUCUCGAAACUCGCGCCGACGUUUAUUCCCUCAUCUUGGCACCUUCCCGAAGAGGAGCGCAUGUCAAAGUCUGGUCUUGGUGCUUUACCGUACGUUGGGGUGCCAUGCACCUACGGAGGAGAUUUACUGAAUCUUAUUUCGGGAAACCCUACACUUCAUGCUGCACUUGACUCCACGCCAUGCUUGUUUUUAAACGACUACGUCCCUCGCGUGGCUCUGUGUGUGCACUGCGCAGCAGUGAGCGGUCUGUGUGUGGUGGCAGAGGUGGCCUGCAGUGCCCACCUUGCAUCUGUGCUGCGGCUCGAACAACCUGUACUCCAUAAUGGAGAAACGGAGGAUUCUAUCGAUGUACUUUCUUUUGCUUUGAAAGAGUUUGUCGAGGGGGAGCUAGUUUCCUCUCUUGGAAAGCGCUCCUUCCGCGCCUUUUUGCUUGGUGAACUCAGCUCCCAACGAGAGACAGACAUGCGGUCGGGAGAAGGAACAUUACUGUUAACCGAUCUCCGUUUCUCGCUGCUGAACAUGAGCACCCUUGAUGGAUGCGAGUUUGAGUGCUUUACGCAGAGGGACAUCCUCGCAAUUGCGAAGCAUAUGGAAAGCUGCAAACGUGAGAAUAGAGGGCUCCCACCUGCUCUGCGAUUUUUGGAGCGUCCUGCCACGAAUGGGGGCCCUGGAGACAAACAACCGGAGAAAUGA